AACAACAAACGUCGACUCCUGCCUCUCCAUCACAACCUGCACCGGCUCAAAGUUCAUUGCCUCCAAAUCCAGUAAAUUCAAACACACCAGUUUCAAAUUCAACGGCUUCAAACUCAACAGCUUCAAACUCAACGACACCAUCUUCAAAUGCCACUUCAACAUCUUCCCCAUCCUCUGCAUUCUCAAGCCUUCCACCUCCCGGUGCAGAACCAGUUUAUAUCACGAUUACAGCUCCUAAACCACAAGAUACACUUAAAGCCAUCGGACGUGCAAUUACUUUCUCAUGGUCUUAUUCAAGCAACUUUGCAGUUGCACCCAAAUACUUGAAUAUUUGUGCUGUGCCUCAAACUUGGUUGAAUAAUCCAAAUUAUCAAAAUUAUUCUAUAGUCGAUCUUUUGGAUCCAUCUACUACUACUUAUACAUGGAAUACGAGUAAAAUUACCAAUCCUGAGUUAAUAGAGUCGAAAUAUAUCCUUUUUAUUUACGACGAAAGGGGUUGGCAACCGCAAAAUACCGGUGGUGCUGGAAGGCUACAGGCUUCAUCAACAUUUUCCUUUAGCUUGUAUAAACCAGGAUCCUAUGUUCCUUUAUCAGACUAUCACUGCGCGGAAUGUUCUGCUGCCUCAACAUCAUUACCACCGCUCAUCUUAAUGACAGCAACACCCAUUAUCAUUUUUAUAGUAUCACACUUUUAUUUUUCGAUAGACUAA